AUGUCUUCUCCGGAAGAUCUCUCAAAAAGCUUGCGAGAGGAAGGCAAUAAACUGUACAAUUCUCGGGAUUUCGUCAACGCGAUCCAUAAAUAUAUGCAAGCAGCUCGAGCAUCCCAAGAUGAUCCAGCGCCACUUCGAAAUCUCUCUUCCGCUUAUUAUGAGAGUGGCCAAUAUAAAAUGUGCGUGUUAUUUGCCAAGAAAGCUAUUCAAUUGAUGAAUAAAGCAGCCACUGGCGAUAAGGAUAGUGCCUUCACAAAGCACAUUCAAGAUUUGGAGGAAAGAAUCAGGAAAGCCGAGAACAACCUGCCGGAAUGUCCUCUUCAUAUGCAGAAAGAACGCAGGGUGGAAAUCUUGGAGCGACUUGCACGAUAUCAUCCCUCAAUAUUGGUUGAGUGGAUGGAUUUAAUGCGUCACAGGAGAUCCGCUGGAGACUACGUGACAGUCGGUCAUGACAAUGCCAAAUCCCUCUUCGACGAAUCCCUUGCGCUACAAAUUCCUGCCGGCGAGACCAUAUCAUUCUUCAACAGCGGACUAGGCGACGCUAGACACUUCCUAGCAUCGCUUAUUAGUAUCGCACACGAAGAAGCCAAGGGAAAGAUACCAAAACGUCGAUAUCACUUCACAUUGAAUGAUAUCAACAAAUAUGCGCUUGCUAGAGAUCUCAUCAUAUUCUCUCUUCUAGAUAAGCUCUCCCAGGUCAAAAGAGAACAAACGUUCGAUUUGGUGAACAUCUUGAACACAAUCUACUUCAUCUACGCAUCAUGUUUAAUGCCCAAAUGGAUCAAUGAACAGCUGCAAGAAGUUAUUGCAGAGCUUUUAAGAUGUCUGAGAAAUGCCCAACAGCCAUUAGAAUGGAUUUAUCUGUCUGAAGCAGAUCUCCCAUCCUACAUCCAAGCGCUCGAAAAUUGGGUAUCUGGAGGCAAAGUAGCGAACGUAUUUACCGCUAAAGAAGUCAUGGAAUCUACGAUAAGCACCAUGGAUGACUCUAUAUACAGUAAUAAGAGUGCCGAAUAUUGGGAACACAUUGGGCCAUACUGCAACAAGGAGAGAGACCUCUAUUGUGCAACGGGAUUCCUUCUGCCAUUCCUGCAAGCAAUGCAGAAACAUGAUCCAAAAUUGGCGGAUUUGAGCCUCAAAGCAUUGCACAAUCCUAAAGGAAGAGAAUCGCGGCUUUUCAUGACCCAUAUUAUGACGGAUAACUGGGUAUUUAACCCGACACUGCUUGAUUGGGAUGCGCAUAUAGAUAUUCGAAAUCCGGAGCCAAGAGUCUUUUUGCGAUUUGAUCCAUUUAAUCUGGUCUCGAGACUGUGGGUGGAGCUGAAAGAGGAACUGCCACCCACGGAACAGUAUCCACACUUAUUCGAACAUAUUGCGCCUUUUUUUGCGAAAGCAGCAAGCGCAAUCAGGUUUUUGGGUAGUAGACUGAAGGUAGAGAUAGUAAAGGGUGAUUACAUUGAUGUUGCUGAACGAAUCCAUUUUGGUCUCCGUUAUGAUCCCACUCAGAGUCAGGCACUGGACACUGAGGAUAUUGGGUAUCCGCGCCCAAAAGACUUCCCAUCGCUUUAUCACCGGAUAUCCUUGAGCAAUAUACCUGAUUAUGUCGGUGGCCAUUUAACAACCUUCCUUCAUGCAAUGCCGCUCCUCGCCCGCCACUCUACUAGUCGUGCGGGCAGUGUGUGCCUGCGAAAUUCCCCCUUUUUCCGCAACAUGGAUGAAUUUCUUUCUGAGUAUCAACUUGUAAGCAGCGAGAAGAUGCUCGAACAAUUGACCGGUGUGCGUAUUGCUUUUAAGGGACGUGAGCCUGUGCCACUCGCCAACUACACAUAUUACUGUUGGAAUCAGCCAACUGAGUCUGUACCGCUUUCAAAACAGGUGAAAGCCCGACUUUCUCGUGAUGAUCUGAAGAGGUGGUUUCAUGGAAUUUUCCUUAGAUUGGCAAUUCCUAUGACGUCUGAUCAUCGUCUCAUUUCAGACAACAAUCAUAUGAUCUAUUCGCCGCUCAAUCUUACGAUUCUUUUUCGUCAACUAGCUCAUCUUUAUUGUUUAGGAUAUCCUGCUCAUUGGCUUUUAGAAGUCCUAGUCCCACUGCUCGAAGAUGCCGGAAUGCUCAAGACUAAUGUUCGACCACCAAGCAAUGUCCCACUUCGACCCGAUCAAGUUGAUUUAAAGUAUCCGUUUAAGAAACUUUGUAUCAUGCCUUUUGUGCCAGAAUUGAAAACUCUUGCGACUCUCUUUGCUCCUCUUCUCCCAUUCCGCAUUGAUCCAAACCUCCUCUAUCCCAUCGACAAGAUCCACGAAUACACAUUUGAUCUCUCGCCAUUACCAGAGACGUUUUUCCAGCCAACAUGCCUCGUUCUCCUUUUCUGGUCACCAAAUGGCAGUCCCAGCGGCCACUUCCCUCUUGAAUUGUAUCCCAGUCUGCGUCCGUUUUUUGAUCCAAGCCGGCAAAAUGGCGUCGAUGAUCACGGAUCUGAAGACACAGCGCAGAAAAUUGAGAAUUGGAGAGCCAAGGAUGUUAUUGUGUGGUCGACUUUGAACUUCGAUAUUGAGAAGCAGGAAACAAAGGCAUGGAUGCCGAAACAGAUCAUUGAGCAGAUGGUGAAUAAGGAAUGGAAGUGUGCGCUUAUGAGAAGAGACCUAUGGAUGAUUGUUGGGGCUACGCUUUUGUCGACCUCGGGACGCGUCAGAGACAUGGAUGACGACACAAAAAAGGAUGACGACACAGAAAAGGAUGAUGAUGGUAGCAAUGAUGAUGGUCGCGAUGAUGAGGAUGCUUUGCAAAGAAGUGGCCCCAAUACUAUGGAUCACCGAAUGUUCCAAGCAGUAGUAGAGGAGAUUUUCAACGACAGUAAGAAGCUGGGAGCCGCAAACAAGAAUAUUAUUGAUGGUGGUGGGGCGAUGGACAAGAAGAAUAAGAGUGAAGACGAUGAUGGUGGCAAAAAUGAAGACGAUGUAGACGAUGAAAAUGAUGAGUAUUAUGAUGAGCACUCGUUGGAUUAG